CACCCCUGCUGCACAGUGUCAGCCCCGUCCCGGGCUGACUGCACCUCCUCAAAGGAUUGUAGCUCCACAACAGUUGAUUGUCAGGGCGCCUCAACCGCAGACGACCAUCCAGCUGCCCUCUGGCUUUACCAUUCCUCAGGGGAUGGUCUUGGUGCGGACGGAGCUGGGACAACUUGUGAUGGUCCCGCAGCAAGCGCUAGCACAAGCCCAGGCUCAGAACAACCUCUCCCCGCGACCCUCCACGCCUACAACCGGGCCCUCAUUCAGAGCCCCCGGCCCUCAGUCUUCCUCCCAGACCACCCGGCAACAAUGUCUCCUGGCCCCAGCCAAGGUGGCGCCAUCUCCUUCUCCUUCCAGCCCCGCCCUACAGACCUCCACCUCUACCUCUUCCUCCUCCUCCUCCUCCUCUUCUUCCUCCUCGGCCUCUGCACUCCACCCUGUGAGAGCACCUUGUCUGUAGUCCUCCACCCUCUCAUCUCCUGCCUUUGUAAUGCCCUCCACAUGGAAAAGAAGAUAGACAAGCGAGUAGAUCAAUGAAAUCAGAAGUCGCCGCUUGUCGCCAUAUUUAACUUAAUUCUUUUUAAACUCCAAUGUCAGAUUAUAAUAGAUAGAGUUUUCAAUUUCGCAAACGUUUUCUUUCGGUUUCAGUUGGAGUCAGUUUUAGGUUGUCGUUUUAAGAACAGGCCCAUGUUUAUUCAGGGAAUAUAAUAGGGAUAUGGGGGAAAAAGGGGAUCAAUAAUGUAUUGUUUAUCUUGAGGAAGCCUCUGUGUUCCAUGUGGGCAAAUUCAGCAGCGCUGAAUGCUUUCCACAAUCCGCGCUCGCUCCAGGCAGCGAGCAGCACUCGCUGAGGAGUCUUUUGUGAGCAGACACCACGGUUUCUGUUAUUUAUUCUUGUUUAUUUUGAGAUUCAGUUAAACUGCAACUACUUAUUGUCGUCGUAGUUUUAGCUUUAGUUAACAACGGUAACACUGCUCCCUGAGGCACUGACCGUAGUUGAACCCACUUGUUAUCGCAAGAAAGUCAUAAUCAACACGUCCACAGAGGUCAGUGUUCUGCACAUUAGACUUGAGCCUCCUGCUGCCUCUGACUGGCCCUUUACUUGUGCUUCUGCCGCUGAACAGUUGUUACCUACACCAAGGAUGGGCAUUAUGGUGUUCAAAUCUUUUGCCUAAUAAAAGGCUGCUCACGUGUAGUGUUCUUCUUCUGCUGUCAGAAGAAACACACCUACACCGUUAGAAUAUGACAUGGGGUUAUAAAAGGCCGUUGCUGUUUCAUCCAAUCCGUCCUUUCAGAUUUGUUUGGGACCUAGAGAUUACAGCAGAAGGGAUUAAGAACACCUAUUCGUACAUUUUUAAUGCUCGACAUUCAUGCUAAUCAUGUUAACUUUUUGAUCGACGGGUUAAAUCGCUAUACCGUGCUAUAGACGGAAGGGCUGCAUUAAACCGGGGCAGUGGCGUCAGUAUUGUGUGUCGAGGGUCUGCCCGCGUCAGGUGGCCGUUAUGAGGAGCUGCCUUGCUCCGAGGCUCUGCCGCCCCCCGCCCGCCGUGGGCCUGGGACCACCUCCCCUCCCCUCCCCUCCCCUCUCCUCCCUGCCCCUGUCUGUGGAGCGGCGUCCCCGCCCGCGCCAGGACACCCGAUGUGACAGCGGCGCCGUCGCGGCCGGCCCCCGUCCUCCGUGGCCUUGCUGCCGGCCGGGCGUCACCUCCUGUUUAACUCUCUGUCUCCCCCGCUCCUCCAGAAGGGGCCCCGUGGCCCCCGCCGUGGCAGUGACGGCUCCCCAGCAGGCCCCCGCGUCGGGGGCCCCCCAGGCCCGGGCCGCGGCCGUGGCUGCGGCCGCCUCGCAACCGACUCAGCCCCCGCAGACGGCCGUCGCCGUGGCCCCCGGGGGCCCGGCCGUAGCCCAGGAAAUGCAGGACAACGUGAAGAAGUGUAAGAACUUCCUGGCCACGUUGAUCAAGCUGGCGUCCCACAAUUCUCCUUCCCCCGAGACAUCCAAGAAUGUCAAGAGCCUGGUCCAGGAUCUGUUGGACGCCAAGAUCGAGCCGCCCAGGAAGUUCACCAGCCGGCUGCAGGCGGAGCUCAAGUCGUCCCCUCAGCCCUACCUCGUGCCCUUCCUCAAGAAGAGUCUCCCGGCCCUGCGGUUGUCUCUGCUCAGCAGUCAGCAUUCGGUGCCCACCCCCCAGCAAGGGGUGAAGCCGGGGGUCUACCCCCGGCCCCCCGGUGGCGGGGGGGGCAGCGGGUCCGGGUCCACUACCCCACCAGCGUCGGACCGGCCACGGGGGCGGGCGGGCUGGCGGCCGCACACACAGCCGGCGUGGUACGUAGUACGGACCGGGAGGAGCGUCACACACUGACUGGACCGGAGGGCUUUGGGCCUCUCUGUCUCUCUCACUCUUUGUCUCUCUCUCUCUGUCUCUCUCUCUCUCUCUCUCUCUCUCUCUCUCUCUCUCUCUCUCUCUCUCUCUCUCUCUCUGUCUGUCUGUCAGUGUGUCUCCCUCCCUCCCUCCCUCUCUCUCUCUCUCUCUCUCUCUCUCUCUCUCUCUCUCUCUGUCUCUCUCUCUGUCUCUGUCUCUCUCUUUGGCACUCUCUCUUGCAGUUUCUCUCUCUCUCACUCUCUCUCUCUUUCUCACUUUCCCCCUCUCUCAAACUGUCUUUACAAUCUCGCUCUCUUUCUGUCUCUAAUUCU